AUGGGUGACCUGGCGCCGGCAGCGAGUAGUGGUGGCGGCGGGGUGAAAUUGGAGCGGAAGAUCAACCUCUUCUCCGGAUGUGCCAUCAUCAUCGGCGUGAUCGUCGGUUCUGGGAUUUUUGUCAGUCCGAAAGGUGUUCUGCUGGAAGCCGGUAGUUCGGGGCUAUCGCUGACAGUAUGGCUGGUUUCCGGAAUUUUUUCGAUGAUCGGCGCGCUUUGUUAUGCCGAACUGGGGACGUCGAUCCCGAAAAGUGGCGGUGACUAUGCGUACAUUCACGAGGCGUUCGGUGGGCUUCCCUCCUUCCUGUUCCUCUGGAUGGCCCUCGUGAUCAUCAACCCAACCUCGAUUGCCAUUAUUGCACUGACAUUCGGCAACUAUUCGCUGAAGCCCUUCUUCCCGACGUGCGAUGUCCCAGAAGAAGCCGUCAGAUUGUUGGCAGCCUGUGUCAUUGCUUUCCUCACCUUUAUCAAUUGCUAUUCGGUCUCGGUGGCCACACGCGCUAAUGAUGUGUUCACCGUGACUAAAGUGACCGCCCUGAUCACGAUCAUCGCAGCAGGAGUGUUCUGGUUGAUCGUAGGUCACACCGAAUAUUUCGAAUGGACCGAGCUAACCGAGGGUACGAAGACGUCACCCUCAAACCUGGCGCUCGCCUUCUACUCGGGCGUCUUUUCGUUUUCCGGAUGGAGCUACCUAAACUUUGUCACCGAAGAACUGCAAGAACCAUUCAAAAAUCUUCCACGAGCCAUCUACAUCUCAAUCCCGGCGGUCACGAUCAUCUACACCCUCGUCAACGUCGCUUAUUUCGCUGUGCUCUCUGUCGACGAGGUGCUUGAAUCCAACGCUGUGGCCGUCACCUUUGCAGAGCACAUCUGGAAGCCGCUCGGCUUGGUGAUGCCCUUUUUCGUGGCUUGUUCCUGCAUUGGAGGUAUGAACGGACUUCUCUUCACCGGAAGCCGGAUGUUCUUCGCGGGGGCUCGUGAUGGGCUGCUACCAGAAAUCUUUGCCAUGAUCAACCUGAAGCACGUGACCCCGAUGCCAUCGUUGAUCUUCCUAGGAGCACUUGCAAUCGGGAUGUUGUACUCGGGGAACGUGUUCGCUCUGAUCAACUAUCUCUCAUUCGCCGAGUCGCUCGUUGUGUUCGCGUCCGUGGCCGCGUUGUUGUGGAUGAGGUGGUCGAGACCGGAUAUGGAACGUCCAAUCAAGUUCAACAUCAUGCUGCCGAUCUCCUUCUUCAUUAUGUGCCUAUUCUUGCUGAUCUUUCCUUUCUUCUCCGAGCCAGCCGAGCUGUUCGUUGCUGUGGGACUUAUCCUAUCCGGAGUUCCCGUCUAUUUCCUGCUCGUCGUGCUCAACAAGCGGAUACCCCGCUUCCUCUACCGACCAUGGGUCUGGUUCACCCAUCUCAUCCAGCGUCUCUUCUAUUGUGUCCCCGAGACGCCAAAAGAAGAA